ACGGAUACCUCGGUCGACAACAACGGGCAUUGUCACGUCCAGCGCGGUGAUCCCAAAGCCAGUCUGGUCUCACGGAAUUCACAAACCUCACGCUCUCCUGAACUGGCCGGAAUCUGGAAUUUGUUGUGUUUGCUGUUGUUGUUAUGGAGACGUCGACUGCGAAAAGGACGGCAAAACGAUCAUCCAACGCAUGCUCUCGUUGCCGCAAGCAAAAGAUCAAGUGCUCGGGGCUGCAGCCUUGUGAGGGGUGCAGGAAACGCAAGGUCCCCUGCAAUUUCGACGACAGCGAAACCAAGGUCGUCGUGUCCAGAGCGUACCUCCUGGACCUACAACGGAGAAGUGGACGCCUAGAGCUGCACCACCCACCCUCGCCGCCCCCAGCUGAAGGCUGUCUGCCUCCUGCACCACCACCACGUCCCGCCGCCGAGGGCAGCGUGUCGGCCCUGUCAGUAUCAGCUCAAGGCGAUGAUGGCAUCUACGAAGAUGGCAACUCCCACAUCAAUAUGGACCAUGCCGUCCACAGCGGCUCGUCUGAGGACCAGGGGUUGAACCAGGCGGGCAUCACAAAUGCGCUCGCUGCUUCACCGUCGACCUUCAUGUCGACAUCAGACGGAAGAACCUUCUACCUCGGCACAACAUCAAACUGGUCCUUCUCCAGCAAACUGUUGCAGAUGGUCUACGAGUAUCUGCACCAAGCCCCGUUGCCACCCUCUAUGGUGCUCUUUGAUGGUAGCGCCUACGAUCUGGGUUGGAAUAACAGGGACGGCUUGUUGGACACCAGCUCCCCAUCGGAUUCGGUCAAGGACCAACCGUCCAUGGCCGUGCCGAGUCUCGACUAUUCUGAAUAUCUCAUCAAUGCGGUCAAAUUCCACUGCGGGCAGAUUUUCCACCUCUUUGACGACAACGAUUUCCACCAGCGUCUUCAUCAAUUCUAUGCCGAGCCCGACCGCCAUGUCGCACGGGAGAACGCCGGUCUGUGGUACAUACAUUUUCUCCUUAUCCUGGCCUUCGGGAAGAUAUUCGUCAUGAAAAAGCCAUCGGGAAAACGCCCAUGCGGGGCAGAGUUCUUCCUUAAGGCCAUGCAGAUUCUCCCGCCUCCACACAUUCUCCAUCACGACCCCGUUGUCGCGACCGAGAUGCUUUGCUGCAUAGCACUUUAUCUACAGUCUGUCGAUCACCGUAACGCCGCGCAUUUGUUUAUCGGCCAAGCUAUGCGGACCGCUCUUUCCUACGGGAUGCACACAGAUAUGCCAGUUGUCCACCUUGGGGAGCCGCAUGUACAAAGGUGUCGAAGGAUCUGGUGGACAGUCUACAUAUUAGAUCGCCAAAUGACGAGUCUGAUGGGCCUGCCACAAUCUAUCCAAGACGGCGAUGUACACUGUCGCCUUCCCGUAUAUCAAGGCUCUCCCCAGCGGACGGCUUCCCUUGACCUUCAUAUCAAGCUAGCGCGCUUGAUUGCCGAGGUCAACAACACUGUCUACGGCGCAAAUGGCAAGCCCAACAAGAAUUUCUUGCUCAGCACCAAGGCGGCCCUGGGGCAUAUAGCAGUUCUGGCGAGCGAGCUCACCAAGACCCUACCAUUGAGACUGGAUCAAUCUGUCGACGGGGUGUCUAGAAUGUCGGCCUCGCUUCAUCUUCUUUAUCACCAGUGUAUCGUGCUGGCAACACGGCCCCUAGUCUUCUGCUGCCUGAAAAUAAGGCUUGAAUCGCCCGCGGGUUCCAAGCCCUCCACACCAGAUCGGUUUGGCACUGUUAUUCAAAUGUGUUUGGAAGCUGCCCAGCAAAUAAUCACAAUCCUCGAGAGCCUGCAGGCUCAAGGCCUACUCGAGACAUUCCUCUCGCUGGACCUCGACCCUCUCUACGUGUCGUCGACAGUCCUCCUCGUCGCAGCAGCUGUCGACAAGGGCCUAUUGGUAGACCGUGACUCUUGGGUGCGACGAUCACUUGCACUGCUCGAGGACAUCGAAUCAAGCGGCAACCUGAUUGCCAGCUGGCGCAAGUCAGAAUUCCAACGACUUGAUGAGAUGCUGAAUGAGAUCUCUGAUGAAACCCGGAUCAAGCCCCCAAGUUCGUCAGUGGGAUCUGCUCCCUCCGAGAAUCUUGGAGGCACUUCGUUUCAGGGCAACUCAUUUCAGUCAGAGCCGGCCAAUAUUCCUCUGAACAACCCAGGCUAUAUGCACUUACCACAGCCCGGGCCGUUUGAUAUGCCUAACACCACCAUCGGAGGUGGUGAUGACUUAUGGGCGGAGCAUAUAUUGGCCAUUGCUAGUUCUAUCCAGGACGAGGAUGUUGAAUGGAUAGACCGCGCAAUAGUGGACAAUAGUAUAUGGUAA